GUGCCAUAGGCCUCUCUUGUUUCGCUCCUUCAUAGCCUCGUCUGCUUCUUGGUCAUUACAACUCUGCUGCUCGAUAAGUUCGAGCCUUCACAUUGCUGUCCUUCGGGGUAGUAUACAGCGGUCACUUAUAUCUAGUAGCCUGGCGGCGCCACAAUAUCUACUCUGAAUCAUGCAUCCUCCUGACAAUGCCCAGUUCCAGCGAGCUAUCAACCAGAUAGAGGAAAAGGCUCGCACGUCCGACAUAGACUUCACGCAGCAGCAGAUCGAUGGACAGACCGUCGACACACAGGAACGGGUCAUGAAGGAGGUUCUACAUCCACACACGAAUAUCCCAACGGACGACCAGUUCUUCUCAGACCAGGAUCGGUCAAAACCUGAUCUCGCCUACUUGAAGAAUCACCUCUAUCGUGAAGGUCGUCUCAGCGAGGGGCACGCUCUGUAUCUCAUCGAGAAAGGCACACAACUUCUGAAGGAGGAGCCCAAUCUCUUGACCGUCGAUGCACCCGUAACAGUCGUCGGGGAUAUACAUGGACAAUAUUACGACCUGAUGAAACUGUUUGAGAUUGGUGGCGACCCAGCUUCGACGAGAUAUCUCUUUCUGGGCGACUAUGUCGACAGAGGAUACUUCUCCAUCGAAUGUGUGUUUUAUCUCUGGGCACUGAAGAUCUGGUACCCAAAAACCAUGUUUCUCCUCCGGGGUAACCACGAAUGUCGCCACCUGACCGAUUACUUCACGUUCAAACUCGAAUGCAAGCGGAAGUACUCGGAGAAGAUCUACGAAGCUUGCAUGACCGCUUUCUGCGCGCUCCCCAUCGCUGCCGUCAUGAACAAACAAUUCUUCUGCAUUCACGGCGGACUCUCUCCAGAACUCAACACUCUCGAUGACAUUCGUAACCUUGACCGCUUCCGCGAACCACCUACUUCCGGUCUCAUGUGCGACUCACUCUGGUCCGACCCAGCCGAGAAUUUCGGUCAAGAAACGGGCUCCGAAUCAUUUGCGCAUAACCACGUCCGGGGAUGUUCGUACUUCUUCACAUACAAUGCCGCCUGUCAGUUCCUCGAGCGAAACCGACUGCUUUCGAUUAUCAGGGCCCAUGAGGCUCAGGAUACUGGUUAUCGCAUGUACCGUAAAGCCCGUGCGACAGGCUUCCCCUCCGUCGUCACCGUCUUCUCCGCACCGAACUACCUCGAUGUAUACAACAACAAGGCGGCCAUACUCAAGUACGACGGGAGUGUGUUUUCGAUCCGUCAGGUUAACUGCACGCCACACCCGUAUUAUCUCCCAAAUUUUAUGGAUGCGUUUACGUGGAGUUUGCCAUUCGUGGCCCAGAAGAUCACGGACAUGUUGAUCGCGGUGCUCAACACUUGCACGAAGGAGGAGCUCGAAGAGAGCUCCGACGAUGAGUCCGUCUCUGAUUCAGACACUGCCAAGGCGGCCAGGAGGAAGGUCAUACGGAACAAGAUCCUCGCUGUGGGCAGGAUGUCUAGGGUCUUCUCACUCCUACGGGAGGAGUCAGAGAAGGUCUCAGAACUGAAGAGUAUCUCCGGUUCGAGCAAGCUGCCGUAUGGAAUGCUGGCCACUGGUGCGGAGGGUAUCCACAACGCUAUCAUGACUUUCGACGACGCACGGAGAUCCGACAUCGAGAACGAACGUCUACCUCCCACACUCGUCGACGCAAACUCAGAAGAAGGCAAGGCCUACAUGUCGCAACCCAGCACACCAAUCGACGGCCACCCACCGCCACCGCUCCGACGACCAUCAGAGCCCGAAACGCCGCUCGCUCCCAAACAGAGCUAUCCCUUCCCCGUCGCUCCUCCCCUCGACACUUCCAUGUCGACAAGUUCUACUACCUCGACAGACACGUCUUCUAGCACCAGCGCGAGUUCACCCAUCUUCGGCACGGCGCCAACGUCACCCACGUCCGUAUCACCUAUCGAUACGUCGCCUGCACAGACUUCGCCCACGUCACCCGGUACACCCGUGUCGCCCGGAACUCCCAUAUCACCAGGCGGCACCACCCCGACUGGAUAUCCUCAUAGUCAUAGUCCUGCGAAUCCGUUCAGGAGGAGUCGGGCGCCCAGUUUGGGGACGACGAUGACGAGCCCGAGUACGAGGAAGAGGAGCUUGCAGAGUACGAUGAGUCUGUUGAAGGAGGCGGUCGAUGGAGAUGGGAGGUUGGAGGAGGUGGACGAGAGGUUUGAGCAGUUGGCGGAUCAUGUUGCGGGGAAGAAGGGACAGGGACAGGUGGGAGAAGGGCAAGGGCAGGGAAAGGGGAGAAGUUAGACGGUGUGGGGUCUGGUUUGGGUGUAUUUACGCGUAGGGCGAAGAUGCGAUGAAUGUAGC